AUGGACUCAAACUAUUUUGAAGAUGAGUAAUUCAAUAACAAUACAUGGGAUGAAUACUCUGACAAUAUGGUUUGCCCAUCACCUCUCUUGCUUGGGCAUCCUUAAAUUAAAAAAUUUAAAGAUGAAGACGAACUCUCACUCAUCCAUCUUUAAUAUCAUACUGAUACUUUAGAUGAUGAAUACAGUCAACUAAACUAACCUUCUUAAACUAAAUAACCUCUUAUCAAAAAGAAACUUCACAAAAAUCAAAAGAAAACUUCCUUUAAAAAACAUUAGAAUACCCCUUCAGUGAAAAAAGUACUUAAUGAUUUCUCUACUUAUCCUAAACUUUCAGGAGAUAACACUACUCAAUAAAUUCAUUAUUGUUAAUAAAUGUAGAUACUUAUUGACAAUCUUGAAGGAAUCCUGUCCACAAUCAAAUCAUAAAUUCUAAACCAAUACAAAAAGUAGAUAAAUUAGAAAAAUUGA